AUGGCUCAAACCAACACGCCCAACCUGGAAGCACUUCUACGACGCCUCCAACUCCUCGAAGACAAAGAUGCACUAGCAACCCUACUCAAUCGCUACUGCAACACGGCUGACGACCACAAAUGGGACGAAUUCGCCGACUGUUUCAUCCCCAACGGUGUUCUCGGAUUCGAGAGCUGGGGUGAUAUUGUCGACGUUGAAAACAUCGCUGCUGCUGCUCGCGGCGCAGAAGACAGAUUUCAAGGGCUCCAGCACUCCAUGAGCAAUUUGCAGUUCACAAUCGAUGGAGACACAGCUGAGGGGAGAUGUUACCUCUGGUUUUCUGCAACGAUGGAUACGAGCAAGCCUCAUGAGUACCAUGCCUUUGGAGGACAUUAUCGGUUCAAGUUUCAGCGCACGGAUAAAGGAUGGAAGAUAGCGAGAAUGCAGCUUAAGAAGAUUUGGGCGCAAAAUGAGGAUACAGAGCGUGUUUUCGGAUAG